CAACAAUCCAUCUCAGCAUCUUUACUUCUCUCACCUUAUCCAAAAUCCAUUUUCCCACCACCAAUUUCUCUCCACGCAGAAUCUAAAAACCUUCUCUUCUUCUCUUUCCAAUAUCAUCACACAAAUCAAAUCCAUCACACACAAACACCAUUCUUUUUUCCUCACAAGAAAAUGUCUCUCACCAUUCCAACUAACCUCUCGAAACCCACCUCAACCCUAAGACCCAAACUCACCCAAAAACCCAAACUCUCCACCAACAACACCAUCAUCCACUGCAGCACAAACCAAACCCCAAACAAUCAAACCGACCAUGCAAACUCAAAUCUAAAAGCCUUCUCCACUGCACUAGCCCUCUCCUCAAUCCUCAUCUCAUCCCCACUCCCGGCCGUCGCCGACAUCUCCGGCUUAACCCCAUGCAAAGAAUCAAAACAGUUUGCCAAACGCGAAAAACAGUCAAUCAAAAAACUCGAGUCCUCCCUCAAGAUUUACGCUGCCGACAGCGCUCCGGCACUGGCGAUAAACGCCACGAUUGAGAAAACAAAGAGAAGGUUUGACAAUUAUGCGAAACAAGGUCUGUUAUGUGGCGCUGACGGGUUACCUCAUUUGAUUGUGAGCGGUGAUCAGAGACAUUGGGGUGAGUUUAUCACUCCGGGGAUUUUGUUUCUGUAUAUUGCUGGAUGGAUUGGAUGGGUGGGAAGGAGUUACUUGAUUGCGAUCCGGGAUGAGAAGAAACCGACUCAGAAAGAGAUUAUUAUUGAUGUUCCACUUGCUUCUAGGUUGGUUUUUAGAGGCUUCAGUUGGCCUAUUGCUGCUUACAGAGAGUUGUUGAAUGGUGAACUCGUCGCCAAGGAUGUUUAGUUUUCUUCUAUUUCCAACAAG